AUGAACAGAAUCGAACACUGCGACGACGACGACGACGACGACGACGACGACGACGACGACGACGACGACGACGACGACGACGACGACGACGACGACGACGACGACGACGACGAAGACGACAACGACGACGACGUAAACGAGACAGAAUAUUGUCGGUUGCUGGUGAACAUGAUGGAAUUCAAGAGCUGGCCACAAUGUGCAUAUGUGGUGGACGCACCCACGCCCAGCUCGGAGACGUGCAAGAAUAUGUCUCGGUCUGGAAUCCUGCAGCCACCUGAAAAAGACAACGAUGACCUUCUCAGCAGUAUCGGUGAGAUAUAA